UCAUAAACAUUGAAAAAUGUUACAUUGAAGUACAAAGUCCAUGAUUUGUGUUGCAGGCUACGCACAUGUUUCCAUCUGGAACUUGCAACAAAGUUUCUCGUGAAUGUUACCAGCCUAUUGUUUCUUUAUUGUCCAUUGACGACAAACAUUUCCGUGUGCAAGUUCAUAUGAUCAAAGUGAGAAAUCGUGUCAAAGAUAAGUCUGACGUUCAGGCAACAUGGCACUGGUACUAAUGGAGGAAUUCGGUGAGGUACCGGGAGAAGGACGUGUAAAGAAGUGGACCCUGAAAUCGUCCAACAUCACAGUGGAAAUCAUAACACUAGGGUGCAUCAUAACAGCCAUCAAGUGUAAAGGCAAGAAUGGAGAGGUCAAUGACGUCGUUCUGGGUUAUGAUGAUCUUGAUGGCUAUCUGGCCAACCCCAAGUACUUUGGCGCUGUUGUCGGCCGGGUAGCCAAUAGGAUCGCCAAGGGCAGAUUUGUGGUCGAUGGGAAAGAUUAUCAACUGGCCAUCAAUAAUGGACCUAACGCUCUCCAUGGAGGACUGAGGGGCUUCAGCAAGGUGAUAUGGGCAAGUGAGGGUGUGGAGGGGGGGGUUCGGCUCACCCUCACCAGCCCAGACGGGGACCAGAAUUACCCCGGGGAGGUGCAGGCCUCUGUCACCUACACCCUGGAGGGGGACACGCUGAGCAUCCAGUACCAGGCCCGCUCCACCAGAACCACCCCCAUUAACCUCACCAACCAUUCCUACUUCAACCUGGCUGGACAGGGCUCAGCUGACAUAUACGACCAUGAAGUCUCCAUCAGCGCUCCAACAUAUCUGCCUGUGGAUGACACCAUGAUCCCCACUGGCGAGGUCAGAUCAGUGGAGAGCACACCCUUUGACCUUCGGAGGCCAGUUCUGAUUGGCCCACGGCUGAAAGAAGUGCCUGGGCCUGGGUUCGACCACAACUUCUGCCUGUCAUCACCUGGAGAUGCUUGGACAGAGCGUGUGUGUGCAAGGGUAUUUCACCCAGCGAGUGGGUGUGUUCUGGAGGUCAGCACCACUCAGCCCGGUGUCCAGUUCUACACAGCCAACUUCCUGGAUGGCUCUUUCAAAGGAAAGGGUGGGGCCUCUUACCCUAAACACAGUGCCUUCUGCCUGGAGACACAGAACUGGCCUGACGCUGUCAACCAGGCCUUGUUCCCCGAUUCUCUGCUGAGACCAGGGGAGGAGUACCGCCACGUCACCCGCUUCACCUUCUCCACUGCCUGACGGGGGGGCGGGGGGGAGUCAUGGGUCAGCUUCACGCCGGGAGCGACCAAUCAGAAUCCCAGCCACUGAUCAGAGCUGAUCCUUUGCUGAAUGGAGGAAUGGAGCGACACGGAACAGGAGUUGUUUACACUCUAAUCAGAAGGUUGAUUUUGUAGUAUUCAAAAACCAAUCUGAGAUGGACAGGUAAUGAUUUUGAAAUGAAAAUAAUGAUGACAUGAUUAGAGGUGUGAGUUCAUAAAGACACACAGGUACCAAUUUGACUCUCAAUUUCCUCCACAUUGCUUUCUUCCCUUCUUUUUACAGCUGGACUUUGUACUGCAUUAAACAUUGUAAUAUCCACUAUCAUAUGAAGUUGGCUUUGGGCCCUGUUCAAAUUAGGCUUUAAACUCACAUAAAUAGUACAUGCAUAAGUAAAUUAUCUUCCACUUUCCUUUGUUGUUGGGUAGACAGGGUGUCUUUUGCUCCAUUACUCACUCGUACAGUUGCGGCCCAAAAUAUUCGCACCCUUGGACUUUUCUUAAAUAAUUCCCUAUUUCUUCUCAAAUAAAUUGAAAUUGAAAUAACUUUUGAUAACUGCCAACACAUACUUAUUGUAGCCAUCAAUGAGCUUGCUGCACCUUUCUACUGGCAAUUUGGCCCACUCUUCAGCAGAAAACCGCUCUAAUUCUUCAAUGUUUGAGUGGUGCCCUCCACCAACUGCUGUUUUCAGUUCUUGCCAUAGGUUAUGGAUGUUAUUCAGAUCUCGUCUCUUCGCUGGCCACCCCAGAACAGUCCGUCAUUUCUUCUUAAACCAUUCCAGGGUGCUGUUGAUGUGUGUUUGGGGUCGUUGUCCUUCUGGAAGACCCACAACCUUCAACAGAGACAGUUUUUUGACACUGGGUUGAACAUUGGACUCUAAAACACCUUGAUAAUCUGCUGAUUUCAUGAUACUGUGUCUUGCACACAUUCAAGGCCCCCAGUACCAGAGGCAGCAAAGCAACCCCACAGCAUUAUCGAACCUCCCCCAUCUUUGAAUGCUUAAUUUGGUCGUAGGUAAAAAUAGGAAGACCCAACUGCUGAAGGAGACACAAGAUAGCCUGAUUGAACUUCUCAAAAACCCAUCUAAACAAGCCUUAAUUCUGUGGACAAAUUAAACAAAAUUAGAGCUCUUUGGCAAUACAGAUCAGUGCUGUGUUUAUUGACAACCAAAUUAAGCAUUCAAUGAAAAGAACACAAUUAAAGAUGAGGGAGGUUUGAUAAUGAUGUGGGUUUGCUUUGCUGCCUCUGGUACUGGGGGGCCUUGAAAGUGUGUAUGGCAUCAUGAAAUCAGCAGAUUAUCAGGUGUUUGAGUCCAAUGUUCAACCCAGUGUCCAAAAACUGGGUCUCCAUUGAAGGUUGUGGGUCUUCCAGCAGGACAACGACCACAAACACAUGUCAAAAAGCACCCAGGAAUGGUUCAGUAAGAGAUGCUGGACUGUUCUGGAGUGGUAGGCGAAGAGUCCAGAUCUGAAUCACAUCCAAAACGUAUGGCGAGAUCUGAAAGUAACAGUUGGUGGAGGGCAUCCCUCAAACAUUGAAGAAUUAGAGCAGUUUGCUGCUGAAGAGUGGGCCAAAUUGCCAGUAGAAAGGUGCAGCAAGCUCAUUAAUGGCUACAAGAAGCACCUGUUGGCAGUUGGUCUAACCAAGUACUGGCUCUGGGGUGCCAAUACUUUUGUCCAUGCCAUUUGUCUUUAUUUUCUAAAUUAAAUUGUAAACUUAAGUUAGCAAAAAUAAAUGUGGUUCUGCAAUGUUGAAAAUCCAAUAACAAGGUGUGGUGACAAAGUUUUAUUUAAAUGUAAUUUAUUUGAGAAGAAAUAGAGAAGUAUUUAGGAAAAGUGCAAGGGUGACAAUAUUUGGCCGCUACUGUAUGUAUUGAACUCCCUGGAAUGUAUUAAUUUUGUAUCUCAUUGGUAUUCACUGGAGUGAUGAUUGAUUAUGGGACUCAAUAUUGGACUCUUGCAAUUCAAUGAUAACAACCAUUAUAUUACCUCUUCUACCUUGAUGUACAGUGCCUUCAGAAAGUAUUCACACCCCUUGACUUUUUCUGCUUUUUGUUGUGUUACAGCCUGAAUUUA